AUGGCGCACUGCCCCAAAAAUGAAUACUUUGAUAAUUUACUGCUCUCUUGUAAGCCUUGUCAUCUUCGAUGUUCUAGUACACCGCCGCCUUCAUGUGAAAGCUACUGUGAUAAGGGUACUGAUUCAAGUGGAGUUCUUUGGAUUUGUUUGGGCUUAGGAGUAAUUUUAAUGCUCACUCUGUUCACCUUAAUGGUCUUGUUUAAAAGGACGCACCUAAAGCAACUAAAAGAAAAACUGAAAAACACAGGCUCUUCUGUGGAGCUGAAUAACAUUCUCAAGGCUAAUACUGAAGGCAGUGUGAGUACAGAAGGAAUUAGACACUCACUUCAAAGUGAAACAUUAAUGUAUUCAGUGGAAGAAUGCACUUGCAGUGACUGUGGCUUGGUAAAACCUCAGACUGGCUUUGAAACUUCAUUUCCAUUACCAGCUACAGAAGAAGGAGCUACGGUUCUAGUUACCACAAAAUCUUUUGAUUACUGCAACUAUAUUCUGGGUGCUGAGUGA